AUGUUAAGAUUAACCAGAAACGCUAAAUUAUCUAUUCCAAUGAGAUCCUUUGCCACUUCAUCUGUCAAUAGCACCAGAAUCGAAUCUGAUGCUUUUGGUGAAAUCGAAGUGCCAAGUGACAAAUACUACGGUGCUCAAACCGCUAGAUCAAAAAUGAAUUUCAAGAUUGGUGGUGAGGCUGCCCGUAUGCCAAUUCCAGUUGUUAGAGCUUUUGGUAUUUUGAAGAGAUCUGCCGCUAGAGUUAAUGAAGAAUUGGGAAGUUUAGACCCAAAAUUAUCUGCCGCUAUUCAAGAAGCUGCCACUGAAGUUGCAGAAGGUAAAUUGGACGAACAUUUCCCAUUGGUUGUCUUCCAAACUGGUUCUGGUACCCAAUCCAACAUGAAUGCUAACGAAGUUAUCUCCAACAGAGCCAUCGAAAUCUUGGGUGGUGAAAUGGGUUCUAAAAAACCAGUUCAUCCAAACGACCACUGUAACAUGUCUCAAUCUUCCAAUGAUACUUUCCCAACUGUCAUGCACAUUGCUGCUGUUACUGAAAUUAACAAUUCUUUGCUCCCAGAAUUGACUGCAUUGCGUGACUCUUUGCAAGCUAAAGCUGAUGAAUUCCAAGAAAUUAUCAAGAUUGGUCGUACCCACUUGCAAGAUGCCACUCCAUUGACUUUGGGUCAAGAAUUCUCCGGUUACGCUCAACAAUUGACUUUCGGUAUUGAAAGAGUUGAAAAGGCUUUGCCAAACUUGUUGUACUUGGCUCAAGGUGGUACUGCUGUCGGUACUGGUUUGAACACCAAAAAAGGUUGGGAUGUCAAAAUUGCUGAAGAAAUUUCCAAAGCUACUGGUUUCCCAUUUAAGACUGCUCCAAACAAGUUCGAAGCUUUGGCUGCCCAUGACGCCAUUGUUGAAGCUUCUGGUGCUCUUAACACCGUUGCUGUCAGUUUGCAUAAAAUUGCCAAUGAUAUCAGAUACUUGGGAUCUGGUCCACGUUGUGGUUACGGUGAAUUGGCUUUGCCAGAAAAUGAACCAGGUAGUUCCAUUAUGCCAGGUAAGGUUAACCCAACUCAAAAUGAAGCUCUUACCAUGGUUGCUGCUCAAGUCUUCGGUAACCACACUGCCAUUACUUUUGCUGGUGCCAACGGUCAAUUUGAAUUAAAUGUUUUCAAACCAGUCCUUAUCAGCAACUUGCUCAGCUCAAUUAGAUUAAUUGCUGACGGUUCUAAGAGUUUCCGUGAACACUGUGUUGACGGAAUUGUUGCCAAUAAAGAAAGAAUCAGUGACUUGAUGAACAAAUCUUUGAUGUUGGUUACUGCCUUGAACUCUAAGAUCGGUUAUGAUGCUGCUUCUAAAGUUGCCAAGAAUGCUCACAAGAAAGGUUUGACCUUAAAGGAAUCUGCUUUGGAAUUGGGUGUCUUGACCUCUGAAGAAUUCGACGAAUGGGUCAAACCAGAAGAAAUGAUUGGUCCAAAAUAA